CUUUGGGAACGAAAGAAGACAGAAUUGCUGAACAUCUGGCGUGGCUCCACCUCGCCUGGGAAAUACCGAAAAUGGAACAAAACAGAUGUACAAGUCUUAAGUUUUUAGAACAGAACAGAGAAAAGCGCACCCCCCUAGGAACAAAACUCUACUUAGGCAAAGAAAUCUUAAUUCCUGUUGAAAUUCAUUGCCUUGUUCCAAUCGUGGAAUAUGUUCUCCAAAUAGUUUAAAGAAAGAACAAACUUGUAAUGCAGACCAACUAGAAGGAUGGAGUGUCUUCCACAGGAUGUUGUCCUUGACAUACUAUCUAGGCUUCCUAUAACAUCUUUGGUGCAAUCAAAGUCUGUAUGCCAUUCCUGGAGAAGCAUGAUACAAGGCUCACUACUUGCUAAUAAGCAUUUAUCGCACACGUCUGAUUAUGAUCCAGGCAUCAUCUUUCAAAGUCAUUGGCCCAUCCAAAACCAGUACUACUUUGUAGAUUUUGCUGCUUACCCUGAAGGAAACAAGAUCUUAAAGAAAAUUUCUUUUUCAGCAAAGCAUGCUAAUUUGGUAGGUUCGUGUAAUGGCCUGCUAUGCUUCUGCAAUGCUGCACGAAUCCACAUUUGCAAUCCUUUAACCAAGGAUUCGAUAGAGCUGCCAAAAUUGUCGAAGGGUCCAGGAGAAGUGGGAAUUUUAGGAUUUGGUUUCAGUCCAACCACAAAAGAAUAUAAACUGGUUGAGAUAGUUUAUCGAAGAAAAAGGCCUGGAGUUAGGCCCCGUGUUGCUGUGUCUAAUCCAUUUCAAGCUGAGGUUCGAAUUUUAACUCUUGGUGGCUCCAGAUGGAGAAGUUUAGGGAUGGUACCUUACAGAUUUAUUCGGCAACCAUCACAAGUUAUGGUCAGUGGGAGACUUCAUUGGAUCUCUCAACUUGGAAAAUACAACAUUGAUAACCAGUUCAUAUCGCUUGAUUUAGCAGCUGAGACAUUCCAGGAGGUCUCUAAGCCUGAUUGCAGGAGCUUUAACAGGGGUUUUUAUGAACUGAUUAAUCUUCGAGGUCAUCUCUCUGCAGCCGCUUCCAAUGCUAGUGGGGGAUUAGAGAUUUGGGUUAUGAAGGAAUAUAAUAUUAAAGAGUCUUGGAUCAAAGAAUUUAGCAUUGGAGGUUACCUGCCAAAAGAAUUACAGAGGAUGAAUGCAAGGAUCCAUUCCCCUAGAUCAGUUUUUCGAGCCAUAUGCUGCUUCAGAAGUGGUGAGAUCUUACUAGAGCAUAGAAGCAAUGCACUUGUUCUCUAUGAUCCAGUGCAUGAAACGUUCAAGGAUCUUACAUUUGAAGGAGCCCCGAACUGGUUUAAAAUGGUUGUUCAUGUUGGCAGCCUCAUUAGUAUCUAAGUACUAAGAUAACAAAGAAACUGUUGUUUUCCGUGAGUUUUCUUCUUGUUGAAACUAAACUUUGCUUUUCCUAUAAUCUGUACUGCCUUUUAAAUGGUUGCUGUAUUUAUUUUCUAGGGUUACAUUGAUGCUUUAGAAACUCAUCCAUCUUAGAUUCUACUGCCUGUUGCGUAGCUCUUGAAGCUGUUUUCUACCGUCCCCAACUACCCUUUUUUAUCGUGAAUUAAUUAUUAUGACUUUCUGAAUUAACCA